GAUGUCGGUGACGUUCGUCAUACGCACGACCGACCGGCACGCGGUGUGCGAGUGUAGCCAUAGCCUCCUAGGCGGGCUAGGCCAUCACCGUGCUUCUGUUGCUUCUGUGUCCAGCCGGCUGUGUCGUAGUCGUCGUAGUUGUGUUGGCGAUAGAAGCCGCUGCUGUUCGUGCGUUGACUAACAGCGAGGGAAAGCCGGAAAAGGCCGAACUCGAAGGAACGGAAAAUGGCCACGCUGACGAAGACGAGUCUCCGAGAGGCGCUGCAUCAGAAAGGAGUCCCGGUGCCGCCCGGCUCCCCCAAGGAGACGCUCGUGCGGCUCUACCGCAAGCACUUUCCCGGAUCGGACACCGCGCGCGACGGUCUCUUGGACUUUUCGAGCGACGAAGAGGCGGAUACCCAGGGGCAUGAUACCAGCCUACCUGUGGAGGUGUCCCAGGGGGUGCGUUCACUGACCAACGACGAGCUCUAUGCCAAGCUGAGGGACUUUGGCGAGCCAGUUGGCCCCAUCGUCGACACAACACGGAGCCUGUACGAGAAGCGCCUACAGCGAUACAUGAACAGCGGUGGCACUCCCAAGCCUGCUACCAGCCAUCAGGGCAACAACACGGCCGAGUUCUCUGCUGCGGAGGAGGAAGCUGAGAACGACGAUGACUAUGAGGGCACCCCAUUGCAGGACGUCCCUCCGUCCCGGCUUGGAGUCGGCACCCAAGGCGGCGUGUUCGGUUCCUUGAACGAUUUCGAGGGGCCCCUGACAAGCCGGACAAGUGCCUCAUUCACGGGGGCCAGCCCACCACUGCAGCAGAUGUCGCUGCGUGCUAGGACGGGUGCGGCAUCGAGAAAAGAAGAGGCCAGCAGUGGCAAUCACGUGCAGGCACAGACGGCACAGCAGAGGCCGCGAAAAGGCUUCUCCCUGCUCCUCAAGGUGGCCAUCGCAGUGGCCGUGGUCGGCGUCAAUCUGCUCAUCUAUGCCAACCUGGAGUACUUCAAGUCGGAUGUGCCCGUGCCUUCGGUGGUGAACAAAUAAGCAAGGGCUGGUGUUAGUCAUCAUAUUAACUGUUGCAUUAGUUUAACUGUUUAACUGUGUAAUGCAUUUUAAUUUUAUCAUGUUCUUUUGUUUUAUCAUGUCUAAUAAAAUUUUGAAGUAAACAAUGUGGCAACUUUGCCACACUGUGUGUGCA